ACAUGCAAAUGAGGAAAAAAUGUGCCUCUUUCAGGAGUAAUAAGUAUCUGCCUGUUGCUACCUUAAAAUCACAGCAAUCACAUCUGGUAACUGCCUUUUCUCAUGUUUCCACUAGUUUUCAGACUUCCUCUUGUGGUAGCUUGAGACUGCGCAUCUGGAUGUUUUAAACAUACAAAGGAAUUGCUAGAGCAAGCAAAAGAGAAAACGGUGCAGAGAGUUAAGAUGUGCAGAUAAGCAACUGGUGUACUGUGCAGCUAAAGUAACUGACAGCCAGUCGGGAAAAAAGCUUUUUCCAAAGAGGAUAGCACAAGUUUAGGCAGAAUGAAGACUCACAUUGUCUUUGGCUUCGUUUUUAAAGUCCUAUUAAUCCAAGUGUAUUUUUUUAACAAAACUUUAGCUGCACCGUCACCAAUCAUUAAGUUUCCGGGAGACAGCACUCCAAAAACAGACAAAGAACUAGCAGUGCAAUACCUGAAUAAGUACUACGGAUGCCCAAAAGACAACUGCAAUUUAUUUGUACUGAAAGAUACCUUGAAGAAAAUGCAGAAAUUUUUUGGGCUGCCCGAAACAGGAGACUUGGAUCAAAAUACAAUUGAGACAAUGAAGAAACCCCGCUGUGGUAACCCAGAUGUGGCCAAUUACAACUUCUUUCCAAGAAAGCCAAAAUGGGAAAAGAACCACAUAACAUACAGGAUUAUAGGCUAUACUCCGGAUUUGGAUCCUGAGACAGUAGAUGAUGCCUUCGCCCGAGCCUUUCAAGUCUGGAGUGAUGUCACACCGCUGAGAUUUAACCGAAUACACGAUGGAGAAGCAGACAUUAUGAUUAAUUUUGGCCGAUGGGAACAUGGUGAUGGCUAUCCGUUUGAUGGCAAAGACGGUCUCCUGGCUCACGCCUUCGCACCGGGGCCAGGAAUUGGAGGAGACUCCCAUUUUGAUGAUGAUGAACUGUGGACUCUUGGAGAAGGGCAAGUGGUUAGAGUGAAGUACGGAAACGCAGAUGGUGAAUACUGCAAGUUUCCCUUCUGGUUCAAUGGUAAGGAAUACAACAGCUGCACAGAUGCAGGACGUAGCGACGGGUUCCUCUGGUGUUCCACAACAAAAGACUUUGAUGCAGAUGGCAAAUAUGGCUUUUGUCCCCAUGAGUCACUUUUUACGAUGGGUGGCAACGGCGAUGGACAACCGUGCAAAUUUCCCUUUAAAUUUCAAGGCCAGUCCUAUGACCAGUGUACAACAGAAGGCAGGACAGAUGGAUACCGAUGGUGUGGAACCACUGAAGACUAUGAUAGAGAUAAGAAAUAUGGGUUCUGUCCAGAGACCGCCAUGUCAACAGUUGGUGGAAAUUCAGAGGGAGCCCCUUGUGUAUUCCCCUUCAUCUUCCUUGGGAACAAGUAUGACUCCUGUACCAGCGCAGGUCGCAACGAUGGCAAGCUGUGGUGUGCUUCUACCAGCAGCUACGACGACGACCGCAAGUGGGGCUUCUGUCCGGAUCAAGGAUACAGCCUCUUCUUGGUCGCUGCACAUGAAUUUGGCCAUGCUAUGGGACUGGAGCACUCUGAGGACCCAGGAGCUCUCAUGGCCCCCAUCUACACCUACACCAAGAACUUCCGACUUUCUCAGGACGACAUUAAGGGGAUCCAGGAGCUAUACGAAGUAUCCACCGAUGUCGAACCUGGACCAGGGCCAGGGCCAGGACCAGGCCCACGUCCUACCCUUGGACCUGUCACUCCAGAGCUGUGCAAGCAUGACAUUGUGUUUGAUGGAGUCGCACAAAUUAGAGGAGAAACAUUUUUCUUCAAAGACAGAUUCAUGUGGAGGACUGUAAACCCUCGAGGAAAACCCACGGGUCCUCUUCUUGUUGCUACAUUCUGGCCAGAUCUACCAGAGAAAAUUGAUGCUGUCUACGAGGCCCCUCAGGACGAGAAGGCUGUAUUUUUUUCAGGAAAUGAGUACUGGGUUUAUACAGCCAGCAACUUGGAUAGGGGCUAUCCAAAGAAACUCACCAGCCUGGGACUACCACCUGACGUGCAACAUGUCGAUGCAGCUUUUAACUGGGGCAGAAACAAGAAGACGUAUAUUUUUGCUGGAGACAGAUACUGGAAGUACAAUGAAGAAAAGAAAAAAAUGGAGCUUGCAUCCCCUAAAUUCAUUGCGGAUUCCUGGAAUGGAGUUCCAGAUAACCUAGAUGCUGUCCUGGGUCUCGGUGACAGUGGGUACACCUACUUUUUCAAAGACCAGUAUUAUCUACAAAUGGAAGACAAGAGUUUGAAGAUUGUUAAAAUUGGCAAGAUAAAUUCUGACUGGUUGGGUUGCUGAACUGUAUGAGAUAUUAAUAACCAAAUAUUUACUUUUUUGUUAUAUGCCUUAUCUGUAAUUAGAAAUAGAUCUGAAUGCUAAUUACUGGACCAGUCUGGUACUGGCACCAAAACAUUAAGUACCAGUACUGUACACAUCAGAUAAUUUAAAAGUGUUUGCCUCCUCAGUAUACAAGAGAUGUUUACGUAUAUAUUCUGGUACAAGUUUUCAGUUUUUCAUGCUAGUAAUAGUAAUGCUAGUAACAGAACACCCGUUGUUCUUUAUUCCCCUGGUGCUUAAAGAAAGCAUUGAAACAAUUGGAGACUGGAUCAGGCCCUUGUUAUCUUACACACAUCCCAAAUAGCCUCAAAUGAGAUGUACCAGCAGUGCACUUUGAUAUAUAUAUUUUUUAAUACAACUCUUUUAUAAAUAGUUGGUUUGUCCUGAUGUUUUUCACCCUCUUGAGAGUUUGAUCAUUACUUCCAUUUAUUUACAUAAUACAGAAAGACUGUCAAAGGCACAGGUUGCCUCGGGAUUUGAUUUGUGUUGAUGCAUGAUGGAAUCAUGGCAAGAAACUGUAUUAAAGUAUUGUUUUAAAGUACUUUUUAUUUUAAUACCGUAGUUAAGUUUAGCAAUUUGCUUCAUGCACUUUGUUACUACUCUAUAACUUGUUUAUAUGGACAGAAGACUCAGAUUUUUGAAGUCAAUGCAUUAUACAUAAAAGCGAAGUAUUAUUGUUUAACUUGUUUUAUUUUUCUGUUCUUUCUAAUAUUGGGUUUUUGUUUGGUUAGGUUUUCUGCUUAUGCAUUUGGCAACAGAAAGUGUUCUUUUCCCAUUUGAUGGAAUGUUUCUCAUUUAAAAACAAAACAAGUGUCCCACACAUGAACUGCCAAUGAUACAAAUAAAAUCAAAUUACACUGUCAA